GGUAAAAGAGAUGAACUUCUCAACAGGGGAAAGCAACUUUACUGUUGUCCUGAUGCAGCGUGACACGUUUGAAACAGCCUUGACCAAGAACAUCAUCGUGGUGGCUCUCUGUCUCUCCAUCAACUACAUCAACAGCAUGUUGGUCCACACCUUUACAAAACAUCAGGUGUUCAACACCAACCCUCGCUACAUCCUGUUCAUCCACCUGGUGGUUAACGACAUGCUACAGCUGACCUUGGCCUGCCUCCUCCAUGUCCUGAGCUACAUCGUGUUCACCCUGAAUGUGUCCUUCUGCUGCUUCCUAUUGGUCACCGCUAUCUUCACAACCUUCAACACACCUGUCAAUCUAGCCACCAUGGCUAUAGAGCGCUAUUUCGCUGUAUGCAUCCCGCUGCACCACGCCCAGAUCUGCACCGUCCGACGCACCUACAUGGUCAUCGGUCUGAUGUGGGCGGUGAGUGCUAUCCCUAUCCUAAAAGAAGUCUUCACCCUGCUUACUACUGAACCACUCAGCUUCUUAAACACCAGGAUCUUCUGCCUGCGAGAGAAUGUCUUCAAGAGUACCACCAUGAGCGAGAACCAGUACAUCCCCCAUUACGUCUACCUGGCACUGGUGUGGCUCACUCUGCUUUACACCUACUUAAGCAUCAUGUUCGCCGCACGAGCCGCCAGUGGCGAUGCCAGGAAGGCCAGAAACACCAUCCUGUUGCAUGGCCUGCAGCUCCUCCUGUGUAUGAUCUCCUAUGUGCGUGUUCCAGUGGAAGUAGGCCUGCUGUAUCUCUUCCCAACUAAACUGCUGGAGAUCAGAUUUGCCACUUACGUGAUCGUGCAGAUCAUCCCACGCUUCGUCAGCCCCAUCGUGUACGGGUUGAGGGACCAGACCUUCCGGAAGCAUCUCAAGGGGUACCUGCUGUGCAGGGUGAAUGCCAGCACCUACCCACGUAAUGACACUCUCUUUAAGAUCAGUGGCAGAGAGAAAAGGCCUCUGUAA